AUGAAUGCAGCAGAUUUGAAAUAUUUAUCGGACAUUAUAGUACCUAAAAAACAAAACGAUGAUCGAAAAGGUCGACGUCCUAAUGAACGCUAUGCUUUUCAGAAACAGCAUCCACAGGCGACAACAUAUAUAAUGAUGAAGUAUAGUCAAUCUCGUGUACCUAUUCUUUAUGGUCCUCAAAUUCCUCGACAAGAUCGUGAUGACACACGAGAACGGUACUGUCGAGCUCUUCUAACACUUUUUGUGCCCUGGCGUUCCGAUCGUGAUGAAUAUUUACUUCAAGUUAUUGCCGAAGCUGAAACUGAUGGUGAUGUGAUUGAUCCUGUAUUUUUACCACCAAAUCAAGAUAUUUAUGGUGACGAUGGAAUCGACGACAGUGAACAUUUACUUGAGUUACUCGGUAGUUUAGAUGAAUAUACUACGACUGCGAUGAAUUCCAUCAAAAAGUCAACAGAAAGCAAAUACAUUGAAGAAACUAUUCAAGUGGUUGAAAACGUUGGACGAUUUUCUGAUGUACACUCACAUACUCGUCAUCUUUUUAAUGAAGCUGUUGGUGGUAUGGAUCAACAAAUUGUGCCGUUCGUUUCAGCUACACCUACUCUCGUUCGACUCAAUACUAAAUGGCAAGAACAACUAAAGACUGAGAAAGAAUGA